GGAGAGGAGAAGAGAGAGAGAGAGAGAGAGAGAAAUAUCUAUUUUUUGGGCACUGCGUUUGACAAACGUAAAGUCUUUCUUUUUUUUUAAGUUCCUCGCACUCCCUCUCUCCCUCCCCACACCCCCCAAAAAAAGAAAAGAAAACCAAACAAAAAUCCGACUGACACCUUGAAGAUCCCAGAGACAGAACACACAGAGGAUCUGGAACAUUUUUUUUUAAUAUAUAUUAUACAGACAACGACAAAAAAAAACCACAGAAGUGGGUGAGAUCGAACCCGCUCUUCUUCUUCCUCUUCUUCUUCUUCUUCUUCUUCUUCUGGGUGGUGUGUUUUUUUUUUCUUCCCCUCCUCCUGCUUUAGUGGGUGUUGUUGCUGAUCGCCCAUUUGGAGUACAGGUGGAGAGAGAGCAAAAGAGAGAGAGAGAGAGAAACACCCACCCACACCACCCACACCACCCACACCCACGCACACGAGGAGCGAAGGGGUUAAAAUCCUGCCUGGGAGCCUCGAGGUGUUCUCCAAAUCGAAGACGUUGUCCUCCUCCUCAUCUGCUUCUUCUUCCUCCUCCUCCUCCACCUCCUCAUCCUCUUCUUCUUCCUCCUCCUCCUCCUCCUCCCAUGGAAAUCCACUGUAAGCACGACCCGUUUACAGCAGUGCAUAGGCAUGGCGGGGUGAAUCAGCUCGGAGGGGUGUUUGUCAACGGCCGACCUCUGCCCGACGUGGUGCGCCAGAGAAUCGUGGAGUUGGCCCAUCAGGGGGUGAGACCCUGUGAUAUCUCCCGACAGCUGAGAGUCAGUCACGGUUGUGUCAGCAAGAUCCUCGGCAGGUAUUAUGAGACUGGAAGUAUUAAGCCGGGAGUCAUUGGAGGAUCCAAACCAAAGGUCGCUACACCCAAAGUGGUAGAUAAAAUUGCCGACUACAAACGUCAAAAUCCCACCAUGUUUGCCUGGGAGAUCCGAGAUAGACUGUUGGCAGAACGAGUGUGUGACAACGAUACUGUACCUAGUGUCAGUUCUAUUAACAGGAUUAUUCGGACCAAGGUGCAGCAGCCCCCAAAUCAACAAUCUCCAGUCUCGUCUCAUAGCAUAGCACCAAGUACAGUGCCGGUGACCUCCGUCUCCUCGGUUUCCAAUGAUCCGGCAGGCUCUUCCUACUCCAUCAGCGGAAUCCUGGGAAUCACGGCCUCCAGUGCAGAGAAUAACAAGAGAAAACGCGAUGAAGGUGGUCAGGAAAACCCAAUGCACAACGGACAUUCGCACCCUGGCAGGGACUUUCUGCGGAAGCAGAUGCGUGGAGAGCUCUUCACACAACAGCAGCUUGAAGUGUUGGACAGAGUCUUUGAAAGACAGCACUAUUCGGACAUCUUCACGACUGCGGAGCAGAUCAAAGCCGAGCAGUCCACAGAUUAUUCCGCCAUGGGACCACUGACGGGUGGACUGGAAGAUAUGAAGUCAAACUUAAAUCCUGCAGCGGUUGAUAUAGGGACCAGCGUCUCAGUUCCUCAUUCUUAUCCCAUUGUAACAGGUCGUGAUUUGGCCAGCACAACUCUCCCUGGUUACCCUCCACACGUGCCUCCUGCUGGACAGGGCAAUUACUCGGCUCCGACACUGACGGGAAUGGUUCACGGAAGCGAUUUUUCUGGGAGUCCUUACUCUCACCCACAGUAUUCAACAUAUAAUGAGUCUUGGAGAUUCCCAAAUCCUGGAUUAUUAAGUUCCCCAUAUUAUUAUAGUGCCGCAGCCCGGGGCACACAGCCAGCCACCCCUGCCACAGCCUAUGACCGUCACUAGCUGUGGCCCAGGCUCCAGGUACGAAGAAUUUGUGCACUUACAACACAUAUCAAUCAGGUCUGAGAGAACGGGAAAUAUGUGAAGCUCAGAAGAUCCAAUGUGAAUUUCCGGCAGAGUUUCAGUGGAAUGGCUACUGGGAAUCCUUUGCUGUUUUUUUUACUGUAGAACAACAGAACCCGCUGACCUUUAACCCACGUUCUUUAGCAACCCAGGCAACGUGUCCAUAUAUUGGUAAAGAGAGACUGUUCAAAAUUAAAAAAAAAAAAUAUUUUAAGAAAAGUAUCAUUUACUAUAGGUACAGUAGCUUUAUUUUAUACGGUUCUUUUUCUGGGAACGAAUUUUAAAACGAAGAGUAGCACAACGCCGUCUAUACUUAAAAACUGUGAUCUUGAUUGUUGAAUCACUGCACUUAAAAGAGUAUUUGGAGAUCAGCGCCCACACAGCAGAGGGUAACUCUGCAGGACACAUACACUGUAACCACACCUCCCACCACGAUAAUAACCUUUCGAGCACCAGGGCAGCAUUUUUAUGAAGCAAAGCUUGCGGAGGGUGAGAAAUUUCUCUUCCGAGUAAGUGCAGAUGCUUUGACGUUGUAUGGUUCUGCUGUUCUAAGACCGUAUCUAUCGUUAAGAGUCUCCACUGAGUGACGAGAAGAAUUUCACCCCUCCCCAGUUUCUUAAACAGUGGACAAAUCAUGCCCGAAUGUUGGAGUGUUCCUGGUUUCGAUACGUUUCUAAAAUUCCAAAUCACUUGAGUAUAACAUUUGGACAAAACAAAUCCUUGCCGUAUCAGGACUGUGUGGUAGACCAGUGUGGCUUGUACAAUGGAAAGCAACGGUCAAUUUAUGGUCUGUCUCCCCUUCACCUGUAGCUCUCAUCAGCCCUGCUCCAUACGGUUCUCAGCUUCCGUUCUUUGGCUUGCUAGGACGCAAGAGAGUAAUAAGGAAUGCUAUAAUGAGAUAGGCUUAUCCCAACAUCCAUAGGUCAAGUCAACAUGCAGCAUUGAAAGAAAGAGACGAUUAUUUACUGUUACCGACACGGACUGGUUGGCCCAAAUGGCCUGUUUCCGUGCCGUAUACCAUUCUAUGUAUCUAGCCUCUACUUGGCAACCUCCAACUGUGGACCGAUCAACAUCAGCAGCUCAGGGUGAGGGAUUUGACCCACUCCCCAUCACUCUAUGGUGGUGUCAGAGCUUUCUGAGAGCGACUGUUGAGCAAGACGCUGCUUGGGAUUGUAACCUUUGAGGAACAACAUUGUAAGCUGUGUAACAGGUUUAGCGCUCAAACAGAUAGGAAACUGGAUCACACCGGACUGUUGUUGAUAGUCCUCUAUACUGCUCAUUAGUAAUUAGAAUCAAGGUACAGCCUUUGAAGAAAGUGACUAAGUAAGAGUAAGAGUGACCCGUUUUACAUCAUUAAACUGGUUAAUUGAGGGACAAUGUAGUUAACCACUGCUGUUACUUCAUUAGCACCUGGCUGUAUGGAGGAGGAAAGAGGGUAGGCGAAGAUUAUUCUGACUCUUUGACUAUUGCAGGAUCAAUUAUUCACUGAAAUAUACUUCACUUGUCAGGGAUUUUAGUUAUUCAAGGAUUCUCUGAAUCAAACAUUCUGCAUUUCAUUUACAUGAAUUUGGAGAUUUCCAGCCUUAGACCCACAGGGAACAUUUUUUGUCUGACCUGACUUUCAGACCAUGAUUGGACUCAGAUCUUCUGCAUUUCUCUUGUCCCUUCCAAUCCACCAUUGGUGGCUGUCCUUUCAGCCACUAUGCCCUGAGUUUCUGG